UAGAGGGGGAGCAGAGAGGAAGAGUUUGCAUCAAGAGCAGGAUUAUGGCUCUCUCUCUCACACACACAGGAAGCCCUACUCUACCUUUGCAGGGAAAGAGACCCUUUUCAUAAAACUAACUGAAGGCACCCAUUCACAGCCAAGGGGAGCGCUCUCUCUCUCUAUAAAGGGCAAAGCAACCGUAGAGACUUUUUUUUUCUCUCCCAAAAAGUAAAAGAGAAACGCACUCAGCGAAAAUUUGAUGCUUUUACCGCCUGCCCUCCAAAGAUCGAGAUCGAUCUUUUCUUGCAACGAUUCCCACCCCCCUUUAAAAAAAAAAAAUCACAACCCCUGGCAGAAACCCGCUGCUUCUGCAAAACUAAACUCAAAUCCAUCAAACGAUUUGAUUCUCCAAGUUCCAAAAAGAAAUCAGUCCCCAGCAACCGAAUUAAAUGGGGGGGCAUUAUUUCGUUAUUAUUUAACUCGCCCCCCCCAAAACCAGUAUACAAGAAGGGCUGCCGCUCCGCCCUAAACAAAAUUAAACCCUUUGCUUAGGGAAAGACGGUGCCUUUUCUUGCAGCUUUAUGAAUGAAACUGACAGACAGCUCGGAGUAACGUUCCUGCCGUGAAACUAACAAGCUGAUGCACACACCAAACAAACAGCACCAGGAACUGCUGCUCUGACUGAACUGGGUGUUGGUGCUCCCUUCACAUGGACUCUUUCCCUACAUUUCUGAAAUUGCAUCGAUUUCCAGCCAUGAGAAAGAGAAGCAAAGAACUGGGGUUUCUUGUCAUCUGCCUCUCUGGCUAAAACUGUGGAAACAAACAAGCAAAUAAUAAUAAAAAAAAGCUGGGAAGGAAGAAAAAUAAAAGAAAAAAAAUCAUCUGCAACUGGAUCCCUGGAAGAUCCUUCGUCCUUCUACUUCCCUUAGAGAUCGUGGAUGCUGCAAUAAGUCUCUUGGAUAUGGGAUCAUAUUUGGUUUAUCACAGCCUGGGUUUGAUCCUCUGCUGCUCGGUGUUGAGUUCUGUCUAUGCUCUGGUGGAUGCUGACGAUGUCAUCACCAAAGAGGAGCAGAUCUUCCUGCUGGUAAAAGCCAAGUCCAAGUGCGAGCGCCACCUGAAAGUCAAGAUGCACGAUGGUUUCUGUCUGCCCGAGUGGGACGGCAUUGGCUGCUGGCCUGAAGGCGUGCCGGGCAAAGUGGUGGCCAUGCCGUGUCCUGAGUACAUCUAUGACUUCAACCACAAAGGCCAUGCCUAUCGGCGGUGUGACGUGAAUGGGAGCUGGGAGCUGGUGCCAGGCAACAACCGCACCUGGGCGAAUUACAGCGAAUGCGCCAAGUUCCUCACCAACGAAACCAGGGAGACGGAGGUCUUUUAUCGCCUCUAUUUGAUUUAUACUGUUGGAUACUCCAUCUCUCUGGGAUCCCUGACAGUUGCUGUCCUUAUCUUGGGAUACUUCAGGCGUUUGCACUGCACAAGGAACUACAUCCACAUGCACCUGUUUGUCUCCUUCAUGCUGAGAGCGGUCAGCAUCUUUGUGAAGGAUGCAGUCCUGUACUCUGGGUCGGCUCUGGAGGAGAUGGAGCAUCUGUCUGAAGAAGACCUCAUGUCCAUUACCGAGGCCCCCCCAGCGGAUAAGUCGCAGUUUAUGGGCUGUAAGGUCGUCGUCACCUUCUUCCUGUACUUCCUGGCGACCAAUUACUACUGGAUCCUGGUGGAAGGACUCUAUCUCCACAGCCUCAUCUUCAUGGCCUUUUUCUCUGAGAAGAAGUAUCUUUGGGGCUUCACACUGUUUGGCUGGGGACUCCCUGCUGUAAUUGUCACAGUGUGGGCCAGUGUGAGGGCCAAUCUAGCAGACACAGAGUGUUGGGACUUGAGUGCCAGCAAUUUACAAUGGAUAUUUCAGGUGCCCCUCCUGGUAGCUAUUGUGGUAAAUUUUAUUCUUUUUAUCAAUAUUAUCCGAGUCCUAGCAACCAAGCUACGGGAGACAAACGCAGGGAGGUGCGAUACGAGACAACAGUACAGGAAGCUGCUGAAAUCUACCCUUGUCCUUAUGCCUCUGUUUGGAGUUCACUAUAUAGUUUUCAUGGCUUUGCCAUAUACAGAGGUGUCAGGGAUUCUUUGGCAAGUUCAAAUGCACUAUGAAAUGCUGUUCAACUCUUUCCAGGGAUUUUUUGUUGCCAUCAUAUACUGUUUUUGCAAUGGAGAGGUUCAAGCCGAAAUAAAGAAGUCAUGGAGCAGGUGGACUUUAGCCCUUGACUUUAAAAGGAAAGCACGAAGUGGGAGCACGACCUAUAGCUAUGGACCCAUGGUCUCCCAUACCAGCAUCACUAAUGUAACCACCAGAGGGGCCCUAGCCCUACAUCUCAAUACGAGACUUGUACCGGGUGCCCUCAAUGGACACCGAAAUUUGCCAGGCUAUGUCAAAAAUGGCUCAAUUUCUGAAAACUCCAUGCCUUCUUCUGGGCCAGAGCAGUACAACAAAGAAGAGGAGUACCUGAACGGCUCUGGACUUUAUGACGGAGACAGACCCACGGUACUUGUUGAAGAAGAAAGAGAGACAGUGAUGUAAAGAAAGAAGAAGAAGACAUUUCCCAGAGAGCGUUUAGUGGGCAAAAGAAUGCCAGGCCACAAAUCAGAUGCCAAGGGUUUUCAUACAGUUUCUCUAUUCUGUGGAACAAGAGGUCAAGUUAUAUGGGAAAAGUGGACCACAGAUGUGGCCAGCUGUUGAUCACACACAUUUACGUAGUGGUCUAGUCUUCAAGGUGUGAAUGAAGGCAGUCUUCUCCAGACCCACGGUCCUUGUGACCUGUUGAACAACGGGGAUAUUCAGAGUUUACAAGGGGAUGUACAAAUGAUACUCUGUAGUUUCGCCUCUCAGAGAGUGUCCACAGCACAAAGAUGCAGGGAAUUCAACCAAGUGAAACGAGACAGUCUGGUGAGGAAUGUGACACGCCAUUUUCUUUCAGUGGUGCAAGCUACCCCAGGGUGUUGCCAUCACUGCUUGGAUGGGUUUGGUUUUCUCAUUUGUUUUAAAGAAGUCUAGCUGCCCUACAAUCACCCACACCAGACUGGCUGAGUCCCACUGGCCAUGUCUGCCAGUUCAAGAACACAGCACAAACAGCUCUGGUUUGAUGGUUUUGCCCCUUCGUUAUAAAACCCACCCCUUGGGGUCAUUGUGUGCAGUUCCCUGCCGGAGGGGCCUUAAUUCUGAUUCCUUGAUGAUGCAGCAUGCUUUUGUGAUAAAUGACUCCCAGCUACUGGAUUGCGAGUGCCGAAUGGGCUUCCCGUUCUCCAACCCAGAGCCCAAACGACAAGAGAGAAGCCAGUACAAUCCUAGGAUUAAAAUGCAAGUAUCAGAAUGUAAUGCAUUAGCUUGUCCAAUCUUAGAAAGAAGCCCAUUCUGUCUGCUUCUAAGUGGGUCGAGAUGGAAAGGAAAGUUUGCAGCUGCCUUGGUGUGUGUGUGUGCAUCCGUAAAGCCAACUCAAACCUUUUCUUUCUUUUCUUUUUGGAAUUUCAGGAAAAUUGACUUAAAAUCUUUAAAUUAUUUUUCGUUCUCACCUCUGCAUUGCCUGCUUCCUGUUGGGUCUGGGCAGGCCAAACUAUCUUGAAGGACUGUUGUAGCAGUAUUCCCAUCUCAGCCAGGAGCAGGAAGGAGUGGGAGUUGGAUGAGACAGCCUGGUCUCAUGAGAUGUACAGGCCAGUUUUACAGAGCCAAGGCAUUUGGAUACUUCGGAAUUCCAGACUUCUGGGUGCACUGCCGAACUUGCCAGACUUUUUGUGGUUUGACCAUCAAGAACACACACACACGUAAGGUGGGCCAUAUCCUCAGCUGGUGGAAAUGGUUGUACAGUUGUAGCUCCACUGAGGUCAUUGAAACUACCUAUUGAGAACGAGUAUCCGGACAUCACAGUGAUGGGCCAAAAAGGGAAAACUGUAAGAUAGAGUCUGUGUGAAUGGCAGGAAAAGGGAUCAGGGAUAUAUUAUUAUAUAUAUUCCCUUGCUGGUGGAUUCUGUUGAUGUCCUGCUGUCACCAUGGAAGUAGGUGGUGGUGAUGUUCCCCCACUCUGGUACUUUUAUCUGACUUGCCUGCUAAGCAGCAGUCAAGUGGUAAAAUCCAGGGGUUAGACCUUUGGCUGCUGAAACUUGGCAUAGCUUCCUUCAAGCCAUUUCACACCAGCUGAGCUUAUUGCGUUGUGUCUCUGUAGAUGCUAUGAUUUAGAGCCACGAGGUGAUAAUGACAGAGCUGCCAUUCCAGUGGGCCAUUCCUCAGAGCCUCUCAGGGGGAAAUCUGGCUGAGGCAGGCUAAGUUCCUUCUUGGGCUCCCAAUGCCCCAAGGCGAGCUGUGGUUUCUCAAGCCUCGAUCCGGCCCAUAAUAGUACAUUUUGGAAGUGCUUCCAGUACGUGAAUCGUGUUGGCCCCAUAUAGGAAUCAUCUGGCUGCAGUCAAAACAUAGUCAGAAAGAGAAGCCUGCUGACUGGUGAUUCAGAGACAUAUCCAUACCACCAGAGAUGGACUACUGAAUCCACUGCUCCUCUCAGGGCUUAAGAAGGCAUUCCCAAAGCUCCUAUCUUGAUGGAGUCUGGUGGGGGGACCCUGAGAAGAGCAGCUGGUAUCUUGACUCCACCUCAAGUGUCCUGUACCUGCCUUUGCACCACCUCUCAGGUUAAGACCCAAUCCAAAGCCUGACCAAGCCCGUGGAAAGACUCCCAUUGACUUUGUUGGGCUUCAGAUCAGAACUUGGGAUGGGGAUUGUGGUAACCAAGAGAGUGCCCCCCCCCGGGCUCUGAAGGAACUGUACUCCCCAUUUCAGGUAUAAAUGAGGCAAAUGUUGGAAGGUGACAAUAUUUAUUUUUGAUGUUUGUUUUUGUUUUGUGUGGUUAGAAUAAGUCCAAAUAUUCUUAGCAAUUUUCCACCGAAUGGCAGCUAUUGAAAUGUCAGGUCUCCAAAGGGUGAAUCGGUUUGGUUGUGGGUUUUUUUUUUUUUUAAUAAAUACUAUGCAGAAAUUAAGUAAUCUUGCAAGGAAAAACAGAUGGACUGAGUGAACGUCUGGCGCUGAGAGCAGGCCAACAUUGCAGAAAUCUGGGUCAGUCUGAAGCGCUCACUGCUUGCAUCUUAGCCAUAGAUGCUGGCAUAGCCUCUGGAGGGAAUUGGAGGAAGCGGAAGUUAUUGCCAGUCAGCCUUCAGCAUGUGUACACUUGAGUUAUUUAGCAUCCCAUUCAGCCGAGCUGUCGAUGUGUAAUCCCAAUUCAAGAGAGAUAUGCAUUAAGUAUGCUGGCUCUGGCUUUCCAACCCUUGCAUGGAUCCUUUCAAUCUGCCCCCCUCCAAUCCCCAAUGGACGUGUGUUGUGCUUAAAACCUACCAAGUGGACGCUCGACCCUUGUGACUGUAUCACUCAAAGAAAGAAAUUACUUAGCAACGUUUCCUUACUGGGGUGAUUCAUUAUUUACUGUGUUUGCUGAAGACAGCUCGAGAUCAAUAACGUGUUUGGAAAUCAUUUAGCAAAGUUCAAGUAAUUAACAAGAGCUAUGAAAUUAAUUUAUUUGUAAAGACAACGUGUAUAAUAAAUAAAUGUAAAUUUGUCACUGGAUUUAAUGACCAGAACCUGCUGUCAGUUGCUAAACAUGACCAAAAAUUACAUGGAGAUGGGGAGGGAAAUCUAUUCUUGAUCAUUUCCAACACAAAUGGUAUGUAAUGAUAAGUAAUUUUUUUUUCCUUUGAGUGUUCAUAUGCAUGAACAGAAUUGCAUGUAGGAAUUAAGAACAUAAAAAAUGGAAUUUGUCUGGUUUUAAAGUGAAUCAUACUGUAUUGUUGUUGAAUCCUAUUCAAAUCCUACCUGUGCUGAAAGCAAGAGUUGCAGAGAACUGAUGGUGGAGUCUAUAGGGCCUGAUACAAUAACAAAUGAAGUCAGUGGAAGGUGCGCUUUGGAUGGAGCCUGUGGUAUCUUGCAAAGGGGAAGAGGAGAAGGAGCCUCCAAAACUGAGCGUUGUGAUCAACUUUGGAGAUAUCGCAGUUGGAUUAUGGGCCAAAUUCAUCUUUGGUGCCCAACUGCAAUGAGGGGCUGAAUUUGAGCCCGUACAAAUUGGGUUGAUAAUCUGGUGAAAAAGCUCGUUCUUCUCUGGCGUUUCUGGUGGCCACCACUAGCACUGCAAGACUAUCCUUCCUUGCUCUGUCACCAUGUCUAGUUCGGGUCAGAUACUGGAUGCAAGGGGGGGAAAUACCUAAGGGCUUCAGAACCACAAAAAGAAAAAUAAGCUUGUCUAGAGUUCAAUUCUAGGACAGCUCCAAGGGGGGACAGUUGUCCACCUUUUUAUCUGUGUCAGCUUGCACUCCUCCCUGAUGUUUGCUCUGUGAUGUCUUAUUUGUCGAAAAAUGAUCUACAGCAUUGAGACCAUUCAGGUUUCCCUUCAAUCUCGUGUCCAAAAGUUUUGCUCUUGUUUCCAACUGGCUCCCUGCUCCCUUCCUUCCCAUCAACAGCCAUGCAAUCUGAGCUCUUCACUGUUUAAUCUACCUCCUCUCUGAAAUACACAGAGAUGUUGUUCUUCCCCUUCCUUGUGAUUCUUGAAAGGCAGAAGGUGCGUUCUAUGUGGGUAAUCCCCUAUCGUCUCUGCUCUGGGUGCGUGUGUUUGUAGGCCCCCUAUAAACUUGUUUCAUCUUUGUUCCUGAGAGAUGGUGUCAUUUUUCACUGUUCCUCCACUUUGUCCCAUCUCAUCUUCCUGGAGUUCUUACUUUUUUAGAACCAGAUCUUGUAAUCCUUACACCGUCCAUUCUUGGGGCAGUUUUUGAUAGCAUUGAUGGAAAUUAGAAUUUCAAAAUUUUGGCAACAAUUUUCGAUUUAAAAAAAUAUUGGGGGGAAAAUGGGAUGAAAUGUUUGUAAAAAUGCAUUCUCUUGUUUUUUGAUGAGAGAUGACUGAAAUAAUUUAAAUUUGAAAAUUUCAAAAAUUAAGGGGAAAAAUGUCUUUGUGGGUUCUUUUAACUAGCUGUAACUUCUGAUACCUUUACUCACAUUCAGUUACACCAAGAAUCAGUCAGUGGCUUCAACCAAUACUACUCAACGGGAGUAAAUGGGUCGGUCUGGCCCUUACUCGGCCAAAACUCCCCUUCAGAACAAUGGAAGUUUCUCCUGAGAAAGCACUGUGUGAAAACAGAACAAGCACUGUAUGGCUACAUCUACACUACAGGGGGGAGUCGAUUUAAGAUACGCAAAUUCAGCUACGUGAAUAGCGUAGCUGAAUUCGACGUAUCGCAGCCGACUUACCCCGCUGUGAGGACGGCGGCAAAAUCGACCUCUGCGGCUUCCUGUCGACGGCGCUUACUCCCACCUCUGCUGGUGGAAUAAGAGCGUCGAUUCGGGGAUCGAUUGUCGCGUCCCGACGGGACACGAUAAAUCGAUCCCCGAGAGGUCGAUUUCUACCCGCCGAUUCAGGCGGGUAGUGUAGACCUAGCCUAUGAGUCAGCCCUUAGAGGGUAUGUUGGAAUAAUAUGAGAAGCCAUCCUGUGCACAACUCUGCCCUCUACUGGCUGGAGUGUUCAUGAGUUUCACAUCUGGUUGUGCCUGUAGCUUGUUGAGCAGAAGCCCACGCUUUGGAACAAAAGCAUGUGAGGUGUAUGCCCAACGUUACAGUUUAGCUCAUGGCCUAGGUUGUGUGUUGUGUGUUGUGGUCAUGGAGUCUGGAGGUUCUUGCACAGCUCAGUGAACUUAGCUCUGUGCUGCCUCUUUUUGUCCAUCUGGAUAAAUCAAGGUUUUUCCUUCCGUUGAGUUGCUUUCUUUAGUGCAUUGUGUGAAGACCAUGUUUCCAAUCAUCUGGCAACUCUUUCAGGGUGGGCCGAUGGUGCCUGAUGAACUGAAAGUAGAUGCCAGGAAGCAGAGUAUAUAAAUUAUUUGGUGCCUGAUUCUCCAUUGUCCUGUACUUUGUGUCAUCUUUGAUACCACUGCUCAGUUAGUGUAAAUGAAAAUAGAAUAUCAGGGUUGGAAGGGACCUCAGGAGGUAUCUAGUCCAACCCCCUGCUCAAGGCAGGACCAAUCCCCAGACAGAUUUUUACCCUAGUUCCCUAAGUGGCCCCCUGAAGGAUUGAACUCACAGCCCUGUGUUUAGCAGGCCAAUGCUCAAACUACUGAGUUAUCCCUCCCCCCACGAGGCCACAGACAUAGAUAAUUCUGGCAACUGAGGGGGAUGUCCUCCUCAGGAGAGGGAAUAAAGUCAAGCGGGAUUAAGCAAAAUUAAAAUGAUUAAUGAUUAUCUUCACUGAACUGCCGAUCCUCUAAGCAAACACAGAGCUAAAACCAUCUCUUCCCCAUCUCCUGUUCUGAGUCUUGGGCCAUUUGAGUGCUGAUGGAAGCAAAAGACAAUUGGAGCAGUCUCUUCCAAUUUAAAACAGUCUGUGGGGAGCCAGAAGGCUUCAGUGUCCGUCUCUUGGAUUUCUAAUCCUCUGUAAGUGGGGGUACCAUGCUGCCAUCCGCAACUUGUAAUUGCCUGGCAGGAGGGUAAAACAUUUAGUAGGAUGUUGGCUUAGGUCUUCUCCAUGCCAGCUCUAUCUAACUGCACCUGCUGGGUGAGAGAUUGUUUUGCGCCCAAUGGCGUGUUUUGAAGACCAGACAUUCCUAGAUGAGACUUGUCCUUGAACUGUCUUGCCAUUUGACUUUUUAAUUUUCCUGUUAUUUCUGCGGGAUUGCCAUGUUGUAGAUUUCGUGAAGGACACACACAAAAUCCCAUUCCAGCUACUGAAAGCUUUUACGACAUCUCUCCACACAGAGUGGGGUUUGUAGCCUAUUCCUCUAGCAUGUCUUGAAAUGAGAAAUGUAGUAAAUUGCCAAGGAACUGAGUCUGCAAAAGACCUUCUAAAUAAUGUCCUGUAGGAAUGGCCAUGGCCUUUUGGUUUGCCUGGAAAACAUGAUGGUUCAUAAACUGCAUGAAUAAAAGGAAAGAACACGUCCAUCCCUAUUCAGCGAUCUGGACUGUGCGGCAGCUUUUGUACUGUUGUGAAAUUGAAAGGUUGGACCUAUUGGACAGCAAAUAUGGUUGGCCUGAAAGAACAUCCUGCUUCCAAAACAGCAAAUCCUGCCAUCUUUAUAAAAGUUCACUGGCCCAUCACCAUGCCAUGCAAACCACUUUCUGACCUCCCUCAACAUCAAAACUAGAGCUUUGGCUAGUGGGCGGAGCUCUUAGCUAAGGCUGCAGCAGAAAAGGAAAUCAUGGCUGAGUUGCUAUAAACCCAUGUGACAGAACAUGAGAGACUAAAUCGUAGCUCAUCUGCACCAAUUCAUAAAAUCCUGGUGAAAGACACACAAGCCUGGCUUUGACUUGGGCUUCAUUGACAAGAGAGAAGUAGCUUAGGGUUGCCUUAUCUUUUCCCUUAAUGGACGUUUGCCUAAAAGUUCUGAGAGGCAAGUCUGGUCUUUAUGUCCCAUUUGAUCCUUGGUGUCUCCAUUGGAAAUGCCAAAAAGGCUAGUUUGAAUGGAGACGCUUGUCCAUUAAGAAUUUGACUAAGACCUACCCAACUCCAUUUCACAGAAGCAACUUCCAGGCUCAAAGCAACUCAUAAGAAUUUCUGUCUCAAUUUGAUUAGAAACAACCUCGAGACAAAAGUCUGAGUCAUAGACAUUGGUAAUGGGUUGCAAUGGACUCCUCACCCUCAGAUUAAUUAACUUUACAACUAUCUAUUAAAAGCCAAUAAUAUCAAAGGGGUCUCCUGAUCAGGUGGCCUUGUUUAGAAAAUACUGCUAAAUAUCUUCACUCACUAACUAAAUCCCCUCUGUGGAUGGAGGGCUAGAGGUUCAUUUGGCUGAGAAUUUUAGAGGUUAGUUUUUCAUGCAGUAAUAUUUUUUUAUCUGGACUCAGAUUCAUGCUUUGGCUGGCCGCCCAUUCUACAGCUUUAAUACAAAGCCAAUUCCGAGUAUCUGAAAGGAGACAUAAUGGGCUUAAUUCAGCACGGCAGUAUGCCAGUUUCCCAAUGAUUUCUGUGGCGUUACAUCAGUGAAAAACUGAAGAACUGCAGUGCCAAAUUGGUCUCUUGUUUUUGGAAGGGUGGAUUUAUUAGUCAAAUACUGUUCUCAGGAACAGAUAGUAAUUAAACCCUUAUUUUAACUGAGCCAGGCUGAUAAGUAAUUAUGUAUUUAUUUCACCGGGUUAUUUUCAGUGUCGUUACUAUUGUGAUUUCUGCAUGAUGCCUGGCUGUCCGAUCUUUGUUGAGCAGAAGGGAGUUCUCAACAGUGGAUGGAAUGGAAGUAAUAAAUUGAGACAACUGGCCAUUCAUAAUUGGUCGCCAGGGCCAGACAGUUAGAAAAAGGGCCUGACUCUGAUCUCCCAGCCACUGCUGUAUGCCAGGAGUAACUCCACUGAAGUCAUUGAAUUACACCAGUAAAAUACCAUGUAAAAGAGAUCAGAGUCAAGCCUUCUGUCGGAGGCUCAUAGAGAAUUCUGUUUCAUGAUGCUAAUCCAAUGCCUCUAUUCCUACCUAUGAAAAUUCUCUGCAAAUAACUAGGGAUUGGCCUAGCCACUUUAAGAUUUCUAGUUACUACAGCUAUAGGUGGGACCCCUUGCUCUACAGUAACUGGAUCCACUGAUGUUUGGGGUGGGGUUGUUUUUUUUAAUAACAAGAAACAGUGCUGGCCUCUGUAGGUUAAGCUCUUGCAUUUGUAUUGGAGCCAAAGCCAGCGCUUCUAAGCACAUAGCGGAACAAAUUUAGCCCCAAUUAACCAUGCAAUCCCGUUAAAUGAAGUCGCAUGGGGUUAGACAUCAGCUCCGAAUCUGGCUCUAGCUUGAGGAAACAUGAGCAAGUGAAAAUGCUGCAACGAAUAAAGUUUAAAUAAGAGUCCACUUCAAUGAACAGCAUCAGGGACCAGAGAGGAAUAUAAUUCUGGCACCAGUUCUGGAGAACAUCCCUCCACAACCCUUCUGCAAGUGCCCAACUCUAAGCAUGUGUUUAAAUGCUGUUCUGAAUAGAGAUGGAUGUUAGCACGUGAGUGACUUCUGUUCUGAACAGAGGCCUCACUGGGAGAUCAAAUGGCUUCGUUGACAAGAUCUGUUCUUCUUUCUCUCUCCCUUCCCCCACACAGGCAGAGAUCACGUUUUUCAACCUUCCCUUCUGUCCUCCAGCGCAGAUAAGAAAGAUGUCCCUUGCACAGGUCUGAGCACAAAGAGAGAAAUCCAGGAAUUAGGGGUUCUUGUUCUCAUAUUUAACCUCCCUCUGAGCUCUGGUGUCCGCUUACCCCUCCACCUCUUUGGGACUGCGUGACGGUCAAUAAUUUAGGGACAGAUUCUCAACUGGUGGCUCUUAGCAUGGUUCCACUGAAGUCAAUUUCAAAUGAACUCCUGGCCUCACUGAAUUCAAUGGUGAGGCUCCCAUUUGACGUCAAUGAGGUGGGAUGUCACGCUGUUGUUUCUGGAAGCGGUAUAAGGCUCAGAAUCAUUAUUCCAAUGAACAACCCCCCUAACCGCCCCUGCUUUGGAAUAAUAAUUAACACAAGCUUUGAAGUAGCCCAGAAAGUACAGCGGGAGGGCAAGGUCAUGUCUGUAGUACAGCCUCGUUUGUCUGAAAUGGAGUUUCAGAGACAGAACUUUGGAGAGGUCAGAUCUCUAGUUGCAGCCAUCGGGGCAGUUAGUAGACAGCUGAUUCUGGAUAUGGGGGCCAUCCAGAUGGGAGAGCGUUUGGGAAGAAAGCGGGUUGAAUACACGGUUUUGUUCUUGUUCAUUGGUCUCCUGUCGAAGUGGGCCCACCUCCUCUGAAACAAAGCCAGACAGUGAUCAUCCGUACUAAGCGAGCAAUGUUUCAGGUCACGGGGUGUGUGGACUGGGGACUAGGGGUGUGUGGUAAGAUACAAGUCAUUUGGUGGCUUAGUUCCCCCAGUGAGGGUCCUAUAUGGUGACCAGAUGUCCUGAUUUUAUAGGGACAAUCCCGAUUUUGGUUUUUUUUUCUUAUAUAGGUUCCUAUUACCCCCACCCCUGUCCCGAUUUUUCACACUUGCUGUCUGGUCACCCGGUCCUAAUAAAGGGGAAGAAUAACACCAAUAGGACAAAUCUGCAACUGGUAUAAAUCAGCCUGGCCCUACGGACAUGGGGCUUGCCAGUUUAUACCCAUGUACAUGUGCACACAGGAGAAGCUACAGAAGGAAUGCAGAUGCCGGGGCAGAUUGCGCUGGCCCCAGGCUACAGAAGCACUAGGUCACUUGCUUGUCUUUCUGGUGAGCUAGGCAAAACGGACAGGAGGUGAUUUACCUGCUGCUAAAACCCAUUGCUACUUCUCAGCAACUCCAUGCUAAGCCAACAGUGGGGAGUGGCCACUGGCGACCUGAUAUGGGCACUAGAGAGGAUCUUGACUCCCAUAAGCCUGCAAUGUCCUCCGCUCCAAACGCUGGCUCCUUUUUCUGAUUGGAGCAGGAGGGAAAGGGGUGGGCAUUGACCAAGGAGCGCUUGCAUUGUGUGUUGCUUUUUAGAUCACAUUUCACGUCAGAGGGGGAAAAAAUAUAAAGGACAAAACUGUGAUUUAUUUCUAUGUACUAUUGAGACACUACAUUGUGAUGUCUUCAGUAAUGCAUAUGGUUUACAUUCCUCCACCUUUACUUUUCUGUAUGGACCAAAAUAAUGAAAGGAAAAUGAAAAAAACCACAGGUGUAUGUAAAAAAAAAAGGGGAAUUAAAAUAAAAAGAAAUCUUUAUUGA